AGAAUUACAUGCAACUACAACAGUAUGCAGAUCCAGGUGCUGUUUUGAAAACUGUAGAAUAUUUUUGUGGGACAACCCCUUUAACCCUUUCCCAUUUGUUGUUUUGACAGUUGGCCUAAACUGUCCUCAGAGUUUGAACUGAAGGUGUGGAUGCCUGAUGCUGUCUCCUACACCUGGUACAAAGGUGCCUAGUAAGUCCUCAGGGAAACCACUUGAGAACCUGACGCUACAGAUGGAUUUCAUCUGGUUACUUUUGGGGCUGCUGUUAUGUUUGCUCAGCAUCAAAAUCAUCAACAUUUAUCGAGCUGCAGCAUUAUUUCCCCCUGGACCAACUCCGCUACCAUUCAUUGGAAAUCUUUAUGCAAUCCAAUUUCAGCUUCAUCAUAAGAAGCUAAUGAAGCUUUCGAAGAUAUAUGGGAAUAUCAUUACUGUUUGGGCUGGGCAAACCCCUAUGAUUGUGCUGAAUGGAUAUGAAACUGUAAGACAAUGCCUAACCAGCAACUCAGAGCAACUUGCAAACCGCCCUACAACACCAUUCUUUAAAUACUAUUCUGAGGAAAGAGGAAUCAUUUUCUCCAAUGGGCACAACUGGAAGCUGCAGAGACGUCUUGGCCUUAAGAUUCUGCGCAACCUGGGCUUGGGUAAGAAGAAUCUGGAGUGGAGAAUCAAAGGAGAAGCUCAUAAUCUUGUGGACAUGUUUUUAGCUCAGAAAGGACGUGCAAUCGACCCUAAACAAUGCAUAAUUAAUGCUGUCAGUAAUGUGACGUAUGCUGUACUCUUCGGCCAUACCUUCUCAUUGAAAGAUGAAAUCUUUUGUUCCAUUGUUGAUGCUAGCAGUGUGGUUACUAAUUUCUUUGGAACUCCCUGGGGUCAGGUUUAUGAUAUUUUUCCCUGGCUCCUGCAUCAUCUCCCAGGUCCUCAACAGACUGUGUACAAAGCUCUGCACUUUAUGAAACAAUAUAUAAGGCAAGAAAUAAAGCAACAUCAACAGAACCCUUCAUCUGAACCUCAAGAUGUUGUGGAUUAUUAUCUGGAAUAUAUCUCAAAGGCUCAGGAUGAUCCUUCUUCCACAAUUAAUGAGGAUAACAUGAUUCAAUUAUUGUUGGAUUUCCAGCUGGCUGGUACUGAAACUACCACAUCUGCACUACAGUGGGCAUUACUGUUUCUGGCGGUCCACCAAGAUAUACAAGUAAAAGUCCAGAAAGAACUCGAUGCUUUUGUACAAAGCACUGAAAAUCUACAAUAUGAAGACCGAUUGAGUUUGCCGUACACCAAUGCUGUAAUCCAUGAAAUACAGAGAUUCUCUACUGUGGCUCCUAUGGGCCUACCUAGGCAAUGUACAAAAGAUAUUGAAUUUCAUGGUUAUUUAAUCAAAAAGGGAACUAUAAUUAUAGCUAACCUGGACUCUGUUCACAUGGAUCCUAAACAGUGGAAAUUCCCGGAAACGUUUAAUCCAUCAAACUUUUUGGAUGAAGAUGGCAAUUUUCAGAGCAAUGAAGCAUUCCUACCAUUUUCCAUAGGCCAUCGUGUUUGUUUGGGAGAACAAUUAGCCAGAAUGGAGCUCUUUAUAUUUCUUACCACCCUCCUGAAGACAUUAAGCUUUCAUCUUCCCCAAGGAGUAACUGAAGUUAACAUGGAUGGAAUUUUUGGACCUCCAUUAAGACCUCAUCCAUAUGAAAUCUGUGCUAUCCCCCGUUAGAUUAGUUUACAUGUGGCAUUUUUUUUUAUUCUCAUGUCAUAGAUAGCACAUUGUAUCCAUGUUCUCAUGCCAUAGAUAGCACAUUCUAUCCAAUCGGUAGUUUUCCCAAAAAGCUGUAAAUACACACCAUUAAGCCAUAACAUUAAAAGGACCUUCUUAACCCCUUUGUGACCACAUACAUUUUUUUAAAAUCGCAUUCCAAGAGCUAUAACUUUUUAGUUUUUUCAUCAAUGUACUUGUAUGAGGUCUUAUUGUUUGCAGGACAAGUUAUAGUUUUUAAUGCACCAUUUUGGGUACAUGUAAUGAUUGACUAACCCCUUUGCUGCCAGCUGCCGCAUUUGCUACAUGCACAGCGCUGGAGCAAUGUAGCGAUGUGCGAAUAUGGCGCCCGCUGGCACGUGCAGCAGGUGCCAUGGCCAGCAAGUUUCUGCUGUUUCAAACAGCAGAGACCUGCGGCUAAUUACCGUGACUGUCAAUAAUGCUAAUCGUGGUAAUUUAAAUGCUUUAGAAGCCAUGACCAAGUGAGAUCACAGCAUCUAAAUGCACAAAAACCCAGAAGCGCUUUCUAUCGAUGCCCCGUGUGGCAAAUUGGGGCAUCGCUAGUUGCGCUGAACACUUUCAGACUCACUGACGAGGCUGAAAGUGUUCAUGCUGCAAUUCUUAUUUUGGCCACCAGAUGGCAGGCCUGUAUAAGAAAUAAGCAACAUUGAGUUUAAAUGGCAUUUUAAAAAUCCCUGAUAGAACAAAAUUUAAAAUGUAAAAACAUAAUUUACAAGCUCAUAUAUGAGCUAAAAAAUCAUCACAAAAAUGUAAAAAAAAAUAUUUUAACAAAAAAUAUAAAAAAAAAAUAAGUUUAAAUCACCCCACAAAAUAAAUAUCUAAAUAACAAUAAAUAUAAACAUCAUGGGUAUCACUGCGACCGAAAAUGCCCAUUCUAUUAAAAUAGGGGGAAAAAAUUCCAAUACAGCGAAUGGUGUAACGGAAAAAAGGGUCAAAAUGUAAUAAAAUGUGAUCAAAGUCACGCACACUCCAAAAUGGUAUCAAUAAAAACUACAGAUUG